CAUCAGCUUGCUGGUAUCGUAUUCAAACAACAUUGCCAGGACAAGCACUUCACCACCGGUCCUAGGCUCAAACCACAUCUACACUUCCUUACCACAACCAACUUCGAUCCCAACCUCUUCCAACUACACCUCUCAUAUUUUUUCCUGGCCCAGCCAAGAACAUACCAGAUGGCCCCUCCAGGCUCCCAGGUCCCGAGCCAGGUUACGGAUGGUAGAUCCCCAGCAAGAUUACGUCGCCUGGGGUACGAAUUGGAGAACGACCAGCAGGUAGUGACUGCUAGGCCGCGACCCACCGGAGAGGUUCGUGAUGUGACCCAAGACCAGGGAGGCUGGUGGAUACCUGCCGAAUGGUGGAAAUGGAUCGUGGGUCUCUUUAUUCACACCCGCAUGUCACACCCAGGCCAGCAAGACGGCCAGCCCGAAACUCGCCCCACGCAUAAUGUGCAGAUUGGCGAUCAUAACCAGAAUUCCGGGACCAUCCAGAACAGCUACAACACGACAAAUUACAGGGAUAACGCAAAAAACUUUGGGCAAAAUGGAACGGUAACUAUUAAUGGGGACAUCCGCUAAGGUCCACGAUUCUAUCAACUAGCUUAGAGGCCGUGUUAUCGCCGUACAUGAUAGACGGGCUGUGGUUUCAUGAUUCCUUAUGGAAUGUGCAAUAUCCCUUGGUCUAUCUCUCUGACCCGAAAUUGGGUGCUGUUGCCAACAGCCAUUAAAAAACUAAUAUCUUUUUUGGGGGGAUAUUUUUGUGAAAUCUUUCCGCGCAUAAAUCUCUUUUGUUCGUGGUUUACAAUUUUGCUUUAUAAUCUUACAUCUACUGUUCAUACCCAUGAUUUCUCACGACGUUAUUCUCGCUUUAGCACCACGAUCCCUCUUACCCUCCCCCCAACUUGAUAAAAUUUUAAAAAAAAUUCUGUUGUUUCAACACUUU